UAGAAGUUGUUGAUCUCCAAGUAAAAAGGUUAAAGAAAACAAAUCAAACUUAAAACAAAAGAGAAGAACAAAAAAAAUGAAGCAAUUACUUGUUCUAUCUAAUGUAUUACUACUUCUAUCCACAUGCGAUGCCGCUGCAUUCAUGUCGCCGUCAGAGUCACCUGUGUCCUCUCCAUCUGAACCAUCAAACAAUGAUUGUUCCACAGUAGUUUACGGCAUGUUUGAUUGUCUUUCCUUUUUGACAGUUGGAUCAACUGAUCUUAGUCCUACUAAAACAUGCUGCGAAGGGGUUAAAAUUGUUCUUGAAUAUAACUCUAGCUGUCUAUGCGUUGCGUUGGAGAGUAGUCGUGCAAUGGGGUUUGAUUUGAUUAACAAUAGAGCUCUUGCAAUGCCUUCUACUUGUAACAUCCCCAUCGAUCCUCAUUGUGUAUCUCCUUCGAAACCACCGACAACUACACCAUCUUCCGGUUCAUCCCCCUCAAUAUCCACAACAUCACCGUCUGUUCCUUCACCUGCAUGUAGCCAUUCAUCUGCCGCUAAACCCGGUUCAUCACCAACAAUUAUACAAUCACCACCGACACUUGCUGCUCCGUCACCUGCUAUGUUUGCUCCUUCGCCAUCUAAAUCUGGAAUGGAAAAUAUGUCCGUAUCAAAACUCUUCCUAAUCGUCAUGAUGAUUUCUUCUUUUGUUUAUCUUUUAGCGUAGUUUUUUAAUCCUUCCAUUUAAUUCAGUUGAAAUAUUAUUCUGUUAUUGUUUCAUGGAUUUGGGGAGAAAUAAAUUAGAGAUGGUUAUGGUUUUCAAUUCUCGAUUUAGUUACCGAUUUUGAUUUCUUGAUUUUAUAUCCAAUAAAGUUAAUUAUCCCAACUUGUAAGCCCCAUCAAACUCGCAAGUUAACUUGCGAAGAGUUCGGUUCUGCACAACAAAAAAUAACGACGCUUACAAUUUUCUUUCCAUCAUCCCAACAACAAAAACUUUAUUUACCACAAAAAUGGAUUUUUAUAACUAUUUUAUAAACAGGAGAUAAAAUUUAGAUAAUUUCAUGGCUUACCACAAUUUUAAUGAUUUUAUAUUUGUCUCUACUGAAAAUAUAUAUGUUUUCAACUAAAUUUCAGCAUAUACGAUCUAAAAAUCUUCUAAAUAUCUAUCAACUAAAUUGUCAAAUAUAUUUUGAAAUAAUUAUUAUUAGUCUUUUAAAAAUUUUCUAAAUAUCUAUCAACUAAAUUGUCAAAUAUAUUUUCAAAUAAUUAUUAUUAGUCUUUUACUUAGUUAUUUAAUUAUAUUUUUGAAGUAAUACAUUCGUAACUGUUUAUAUUUGGAACUGUGCUAUGUGUGUGAUAAGAAAAUCGGAGAUUAGCUUUCUUUUUACAUAUUGUUAUCUCUAUUAGAAAUUUUAAAAUACAAACCAUUUAUAGUUUAAGUAAUAGAAUAGUCUUUUCAUAUAAAAAUAUAUGGUUUUUGUGCUCAGAUUAUGUUUAAAGGUCGCGAGGGCAAAAAAGUUGUUCAUUGCAAUCAAUGUCAUUGGAGAAUUUGAAAUUUUGAACACUCAUUUCAAAAAGCCAGAUAUAGACAAAUGAUGUUAUGCAGAUGCAAGAUAUGAACCAAAGACAGAUUGUCGACCUUAUUAUGGAAAAAGGAAAUGAACAUCAUGGAUUUGGAGAACUGAGCGGAGUGGACGAAGCUGGUACUGUUGAUCCAAUCUCAGUGUCGAUCAAUACAAUCACUACAAGAAAACAUAUUUUUUACGAGAGCGGUAUUCGUUGUAAAUUCGUCGUAAUAGGGGCUUUACGACGAAUUAACAUCGAUACGCGUUUCGUUGUUAAACGCUCGUCGUAACGGAGGUUUCGUCGUAAAGUCCUAGUUACGUUUACGAGGAAGUCAAUUCCUCGUAAAGCGGAAGGAAACUAUUCGUCGUAAUGCCCUCGUAAAUGACGAUGUAAAUACCUCGUAAUAGUUCGUUGUAAAAGCCACGUAAGGCUUCCACGUAAAGUCGAUGUAAAUUUUACGAGGACUUUACAACGACUUCAUGUAAAUUCCUCGUAAACGUUACGAGGACUUAACGUGGAAUUUU